GAGAAUGUUAAUAUGAAUGUCAAGUUUGUGAUUGUUAGAAAAACAUAAUUUUGCAGAAACAAAUUCAAACCCAAAUUCGGAUAAGUUUCAGCCCUUAUGAAGGAUAGAUUUGAAGUAACCAAACGUUUGCUUGUAGUUGCUUUGUUUUUACUUUUUAUUUGGACGUGUCAACAAAUAUUUGGAGAGUAAUUUUUAGUUGUUUUAAAAAACCUUUAUACCAUCAUGUCUAAACAAAAAGUUUCAUAUUUUUUUAAUCCCGAUGUGGGGAAUUUCCAUUAUGGGACAGGUCAUCCUAUGAAACCUCAUAGAUUAUCUGUUAUCCACAGUUUAAUAAUGAAUUAUGGUCUUCAUAAACGAAUGCAAAUUUAUAGGCCUUAUAAAGCUAGCGCCCAUGAUAUGUGUAGGUUUCAUUCGGAUGAAUACAUAGAUUUCCUACAGAAGGUAACACCUCAAAAUAUUCAAGCCUUCACCAAACAUCUUAGUCAUUAUAAUGUAGGAGAUGAUUGUCCUGUCUUUUAUGGCUUAUUCGAUUUUUGUUCAAUGUACACUGGGGCUUCUUUGGAAGGAGCUAUGAAAUUAAAUAACAAUGAGUGUGAUAUUGCAAUAAACUGGUCAGGGGGAUUGCACCAUGCAAAAAAGUUUGAAGCAUCUGGAUUUUGUUACGUCAAUGAUAUUGUUAUAGCCAUUUUAGAAUUGCUUAAGCAUCAUCCUAGAGUUUUGUAUAUAGACAUUGAUGUUCAUCAUGGAGAUGGUGUUCAGGAAGCAUUUUACUUAACAGAUAGGGUUAUGACAGUUAGUUUUCAUAAAUAUGGAAAUUAUUUUUUUCCUGGAACGGGAGACAUGUAUGAAAUAGGAGCAGAAAGUGGAAGAUAUUAUUCUGUUAAUGUACCUUUAAAAGAAGGAAUUGAUGAUGCCAGUUAUUGGCAAGUAUUUAAGCCAGUAGUAUCUGCUGUUAUGGAUUUUUAUCAACCGUCUGCAAUAGUAUUACAAUGUGGAGCUGAUUCUUUAGCUAUGGAUAGAUUAGGGUGUUUUUCUUUAAGUACAAAGGGUCAUGGAGAAUGUGUCAAAUUUGUUAAAGAUUUGAAUGUACCCACUUUGGUUGUGGGAGGAGGAGGUUAUACAUUAAGAAACGUAGCUCGUUGUUGGACUUACGAAACAUCAUUACUGGUUGAUGAACAAAUAUCGAAUGAAUUACCUUUUACUGAAUAUUUGGAAUUUUUUGCUCCUGAUUUUACUUUGCAUCCAGAAGUAGUGACCAGGCAAGAUAAUGCAAAUAGCAAGCAUUAUUUAGAAGCAAUUACAAAGUACACCUUUGACAACUUAAAAAUGUGUCAGAAUUCUCCUAGUGUGCAAAUGCAUGAUGUUCCUGGUCCGGCGAUAACUGAGGAUGAAAAAGUAAAGGAAGAAGAGGAUCCCGAUGUUAGAAUAAGUCAACAAUUGGAAGAUAAAAUCGUAGAACCGAAAAACGAAUUUUAUGAUGGUGAUAAAGACAAUGAUAGAGAACAAUGAUUGUAGAACUUAAUUUAGUUGUAAGAAUUUUUAUUAGAUUUUUGUACAAUACAUAGUUUUAAUUUUUUUUACAUUUUACGAUUUGUGAGGUUGUGUACAAGUGGCGUGCGAUCGAAGGCAACUAGAAUAUAUAUUAUUAUAUAGUA